AUGACGACGCCUGCGAUUCGCAUUCCCUUCACGGGCCCGUUACCGCCUGCUAUUAUAAUCCCUCCAUCUGCAGCAACCGUUGCAGGUGCCAUUGAGGCUGUCAGCGCUUUCUUCACGGCGCCACCAUCCUUUAGGCUCCGUGGCGUGGAUGUGGGGAGACAUUCUCAGACAGUCCUGCUGACCGGUGCAGGCAUCUCCGUCGCCUCCGGUUUAGCAGACUACCGCGGGGAUCAAGGUACCUACCGACGAAACAAAUCUUAUCGUCCAAUCUAUUACCACGAGUUUCUUGCCAACCAUGAGUCACGCAAGAGGUAUUGGGCGCGCAGCUUCGUCGGAUGGCCCGGCCUUGUGAAAGCCAAACCGAACUCGACUCAUUGGGCAAUCAAAGAUCUCGGUGACAAAGGCUAUAUCAGUUCCGUAGUGACGCAGAAUGUGGACUCAUUCCAUUCACUCGCACAUCCGGAACUGCCCACCCUCGAACUCCAUGGAUAUCUGCGAUCAGUUGUCUGUACUAGCUGUCGGAAUGAGCUUCCCCGCGCUGACUUCCAAGCAUCGCUGGAAAGACUCAACCCAGCAUGGGCGGCGUUUUUGGCUCGCAUGGUUGAAAAGGGGGCUCUCGAUACCGAUAACCCGGAGCAGCAACGGCGAGCAGGCUUGAAGCUCAAUCCUGAUGGCGAUGUUGAUCUGGCCGAAGCGCCAUACUCUACUUUCCGCUAUCCUUCCUGUCCGACCUGCUUGGAGAGUCCGCCGACGCUAAGGGAUGGCACGAAGGCGACCGUAGAGGUCGAGAAUGACGGAGCAUUGUUGCCAGUGUCAAAUGCCGGCAUAUUGAAACCUGCAGUGAUCAUGUUCGGCGAAAAUAUAGAACCAGUGGUCAAGACAGCGGCUGAAGAAGCGAUCGACGAUGCUGGGCGGCUACUAAUUCUUGGGAGCAGCUUAGCGACCUUCUCGGCGUGGCGUCUGGUGGAACGAGCUCACAAGCGAGGCAUGCCUAUUGGUAUUAUCAACGUUGGCGGGGUGAGGAACGAGUCGAUGCUUUUUGGCGGACUCGGCGAUGAAGCCACUGUCCAUGUACGGUGUAGCCACCCAUCCCAGUUGAUCCUGCCGACCGUUGUAUCCCAACUCCCAAUGAAUGUAUGA